CAGUUUUGAAAGAUUGCCCAAAUAUCAGUUGAUAGGAUGGAAUAGGGCAGGGAGAAAGUGGGUAGUUCGGAUAAGUGACAGAUAAUGAGAGCCUAAAUUAAAUUGAUGGGACUGGAAAGAAAGGGAAAGACUCAAAAACGCUAUAUAGCAUGGAGUUCAUACUUACAUUUGGCAUUCCUCUAAACUUGCAGCUCUCGCCUCCAGAAUAUGAUGGCAAGUCACAUUGUAAAACCUGAUACUAGAAAUUGCAAGAGACCAAGAGAACUAGAGCCUCAAAUGCCAGAGAGUCCACAACUGUCCUCUCUUGGAAAAUCAGAAUCCUCUUUCUUGGAAAGCUCUGGACUAUUUUAUAAAGAUGAAUCCCUGGACAAAGAUUUGAAUGAUAUGAGCAAGGAAAUUAAUCUAAUGUUGUCUACAUAUGCAAAGAUCUUAAGUACCAUGGAAAGUACUCAUCAGAAGAAGGCAACCUUCGGUAAACGUGAGAAACUUCCAUGUAUUGCACCACUCCUAACCACGGUGGAGGAGACGCCACAGAUGGUCUCUGCUCAAGUCCGAGGACAUUUUCCCAAGUGGCUCAGUGGCUAUCUACUUCGAAUUGGGCCCGGGAAAUUCGAGUUUGGGAAGGAUAAGUACAAUCACUGGUUUGAUGGAAUGGCUUUGCUUCACCAGUUCAGGAUGGAGAAGGGCACGGUGACCUAUAGAAGCAAGUUCCUGCAGAGUGAUACAUAUAAGGCCAAUAGUGUUCAUGACCGAAUUGUCGUCUCAGAAUUUGGCACGCUGGCUCUCCCUGAUCCAUGCAAGAAUGUUUUUGAACGUUUCAUGUCAAAGUUUGAGCUGCCUGCAAUGACUGACAAUACCAAUGUCAACUAUGUGCGGUACAAGGGCGACUACUAUGUUAGCUCUGAGAUCAACUUUAUGAAUAAAGUGGACAUUGAAGCUCUGGAAAAAACAGAAAAGGUAGACUGGAGCAAAUUUAUUGCUGUGAAUGGAGCAACUGCACAUCCUCAUUAUGACCCAGAUGGAACAGCAUACAACAUGGGGAACUCCUUUGGGCCACGUGGUUCUUGCUAUAAUAUUAUUCGGGUUCCUCCAGAGAAGGUGGAUCCUGGGGAGACAAUCCACAGAGCCCAGGUGAUAUGUUCUAUUGCCUCUGCAGAGAGGAUGAAACCUUCUUACUAUCAUAGCUUUGGAAUGACGAGGAACUAUAUAAUCUUCAUUGAACAGCCUCUAAAGAUGAAUUUGUGGAAAAUUGUCACUUCUAGAAUUCGGGGAAAGGCCUUUUCAAGUGGAAUAAGCUGGGAACCCCAGUAUAAUACACGGUUUCAUGUGGUGGAUAAGCACACUGGACAGCUUCUUCCAGGAAUAUACUACAGUAAACCUUUUGUUACUUUUCAUCAAAUCAAUGCCUUUGAGGACCAGGGCUGUGUUGUAAUUGAUUUGUGCUGUCAAGAUGAUGGAAGAAGCCUGGAAGUUUACCAACUACAGAAUCUCAGGAAAUCUGGGGAAGGGCUUGAUCAGGUCUAUAAUUCAGCAGGCAGAUCUUUCCCUCGAAGGUUUGUUUUGCCCUUACAUGUCAGUUUGAAUGACCCCGAAGGAGAGAACCUCAGCCCAUUGUCCUAUUCUUCAGCUAGUGCUGUGAAACAAGCUGAUGGAAAGAUUUGGUGCUCUUAUGAAAAUCUACAUCCUGAGGAUCUCGAGGAGGAAGGAGGUGUUGAAUUUCCCCAGAUCAACUAUGGCCAAUUCAGUGGCAAAAAGUAUCGUUUCUUCUAUGGUUGUGGCUUUCGGCAUUUGGUGGGGGAUUCUCUGAUCAAGGUGGAUGUGGUGAAUAAGACACUGACGGUCGAUGGGAAAUUGUACAAAGUGUGUUUGAUGAUGAUGGAGUCUGCAGCUGCAAAAUCACCCCCCACCCCGCCCAUUCAACUCAAUUUGGAGAGAAGAUGGCUUUUACCCCUCAGAACCAGUGUUUGUUCCAGAACCAGGAGCCAGUGAAGAAGAUGGUGGGGUUAUUCUCUCUGCAGUGAUCACCCCUGACCAGAAUGAAAACAAUUUUCUCCUAGUCUUGGAUGCCAAGAACUUUGAAGAACUGGGCCGAGCAGAAGUACCUGUGCAAAUGCCUUAUGGGAUCCAUGGCACCUUUGUAACCAUCUGAUGGAGCAAUUCGAAACACCUGGAAACUAGCUUUAAAAUGAACAUGCUCCGUACAAAAGGGAGAGCAAAAAGGGCACCUUCCCUUCCAAACCACAGACACCUGGUUUUAAAAUUUCUAUUAAAAACAGAAUUCUUGAGAUAAUAA